CCCCGGUAAUCCGUCGACGGCUUCAGCAUUCACAUAGGGAAUUCAGAGGAUAGCAAAAAAAAAAUAACAAAGAGUUUUUCCUGAGAUGAAGAAGGGAAGUAGCUUUCCGAUGUCGAUUUUAUUGUUGGUCUCACUCUGGGUGCUAGCUACCUCCAAACUUGACGGAAACCCGGCUAGUGAGAUGGUGAGCAUCUUGAACCAGAACAGAACAGCUCGGAAACUCAGCAAAUUAAAUGAGAGUCCUGGUCUUGGCUGCAUGGCCCUCCAGUAUGUUGAGCACUGCAAGGGAAAUUGCAAUGUCAACGACACUCUGACCUGUGAACCCCCUGAAGACGACUUCACUCAGGUUUUUGCCCCCAACUGUGGUGUAGAACUUCCCUCUUUUGGGACCAUAACAGGCCAUGUCAUCGGCUGCAGCACUAAGUAUGUGACGCCAGAAGUCGCCUUCUCAGACAUUCUCUUCAGAGAUAACCAAGCGUUGCUUGUGCUCAGAAACAGGUCGCAUACUGAGGUUGGGGUGGGAAUGGCUAGGUUGCAUAAAGGUACAUUCUUUUGGUGCCUUCUCUUUAGUGAUGGUGGGACAAACUCGUCCUUUGCUCUGGAAGAUAACGGCCGGGGCAUUAAACAAAGAAAAGGCUGCUACAGCGGAAGUGCUUUCCCUUGCAGCAAUGCUCCAGUGAUUUGUAUGCGCUUUCUCAACAGCUUUCUGGGCAUUCUCUUGUCUUCCUUUUGUGUGUUUAGACAUUGUGGGUGCCUUCAGUGUUGAUUCUGAAAGGCAAACCCAUUUGGUUUGUUGUUUGUAAAGCCAAUAAUGAGGGUUUAAGUAAGGGGAUGAGAUAUGAUUGGU